UAUACCUACACAAUAAGUUUAGUAUCAUACAAAGAGCAAGAGUUGUUUUGCCCUAAUGGGGAGACUUAUGUAUGUGGCUUUCCCACUAAUAAUCGCUUUUGCAGUGUUGAGCUUGUGCCAUGGAGUGGCAGCAGCAGCAGCAACUUAUCCAAAGCCAAAGUUGCAGUGGCAUUACUAUCACAACACAUGCCGCGACGCAGAGGUGUAUGUCCGGCACCAAGUGAAGAUUCACUGGGAUCAAGACAAAAGCAUUACUGCCAAGUUACUACGCUUGGUUUACUCCGACUGUUUUGUCAAUGGUUGUGAUGCAUCAAUACUGCUUGAUGAAGGACCAAAUCCAGAAAAAAGAGCACCACAAAACCGGGGGCUUGGAGGAUUUGUACUAAUUGACAGGAUCAAAACUGUUCUGGAAUCACGAUGCCCUGGAAUUGUCUCCUGUGCUGAUAUACUCCAUCUCGCAGCUAGGGAUGCUGCUAAAAUGGCAGGUGCACCGGGUUAUCCAAUUUUCACAGGAAGAAAGGAUGGCAUGAAAUCAGAUGCUGCAUCAGUAGACCUGCCAUCACCAUCCAUUUCAUGGCAGGAAUCUCUAGCAUACUUUAAAUCAAAGGGACUGAACGUAUUAGAUAUGACAACACUCUUAGGAGCGCACACACUCGGCCAAACACAUUGUAGCUACAUUGUUGACAGGCUGUAUAAUUACAAUGGUACUGGAAACUCAGACCCAAGCAUGGAUGCUACUUUUCGAGACACAUUGAGGGGACUUUGUCCCCCAAGAACAAAGAAAGGACAAAGUGACCCGCUGGUAUACCUAAACCCAGACUCUGGAAAAAAUUACAUCUUCAGAGAAUCAUACUAUAAAAGGAUCCUGCGCAAUGAAGCUGUCCUGGGAAUCGAUCAACAAUUACUAUUUGGUGAUGACACUAAAGAGAUCACCGAAGAAUUUGCUGCUGGAUUUGAAGAUUUUAGGAGAUCUUUUGCUCAAUCCAUGUUCAAAAUGGGAAAUAUCAAAGUUUUAACAGGAAAUCAAGGAGAGAUACGCCGGAGUUGUCGACACACAAAUAAGUGAAACCCAAAUUAGCAGCAGGACAAAUUGAACGUUUAGUGUGGAUACAGAUAUGCCCAGUUUAAACAUAAUUGUCUGUGUUCGGAAGGUAAAAAAUAAUACAUGAAUAAGGGACAAGAAUCGUACCCUCUUUUGUCCUUUGUAAGAUCCAACAAUUUAAGUUACAAAAAAAUUGUAGUGUGUAUGAACCAUUAUAUUAUAAUAUAUAUCCUUUCUUUUGCCAA